CCAACAAGUUUCUUGGCAUAUAAAUGUUUUCUUGUAAGAGGGUUUCUUUUUAGUUUCACUCCUUCGAAGUAAUCAUGUUCUUUCUGUUGUGAAGUGUUGUGGAAUCUUAGGAGUUUGUUGUUGUUGUGAAUGUAGAAAAGUAGCAAUUAUAGCCUUAGAUAGAAGGAAAAAAAAAACAAACAAAACCAUUCCUUAAAGUAAGAAGGACUAGCAUGAACAGAAUCAUGAGUGCACGAGUGUUUUCAUUGAUGGGUUUUUAGAAGAGCAAACAGCUUCUUUUCCAGCCUUUAUUAUUAACCGUUUCCUUUUCCCCCCUUCACUCUCUCAUAUUGUCUUUGGAUUUUGUGUUUUGUUUUUUAGUUUUGCAUUUGGGAUUUUUGGGGUUGCUUUGCUCGCUUCUGUUGGGAGAUAGAUACUUUGGUUGAUAUUUUCUUAAAUGUCUCAACAAAGACAGUCUCAGAUGGACCGAUAUAAUGACACAACGUUUACCAAAAUCUUUGUUGGAGGGCUAGCUUGGGAGACUCAGAGGGACACAAUGACGAGGUAUUUUGAGCAGUUUGGAGAGAUCUUAGAGGCUGUUGUCAUCACAGAUAAGAACACUGGGAGAUCCAAGGGUUAUGGCUUUGUCACAUUUAAGGAUCCUGAGGCAGCCAUGAGAGCAUGUCAGAAUCCAUCUCCAGUUAUUGAUGGUAGGAGGGCAAACUGCAAUCUUGCUUCUCUUGGUGCAAACAAGAACCGACCACCAACUUUUCACCAUGGUGCAGGACGGUUCAGGCCUCCACCUGGACUAGUGGCAUCACCUGCUUAUCAUGGUUCUUCAUCUACAUUUUUCCAUCAACCCCCUAGGCAACACACAUUUCCUUAUUCAGCUUACGGAUAUUCUGGAUAUUCACAAGACACCUUGUAUCCUACGAGCUAUUAUAAUGUGUAUGGAGUUCAGCAAUUUUCUGCUUACUACCCAUCUAGUGGAGGUUCUGGGGCAGUAGGGUUGAUCCAUAAUAUCUACCCCUUUUAUGGCCAAUAUGCACAGAGCAUUCAGGGUCAUGGUUUUGGGGUUCAAUACCCCCAAAUGGCACAGUUUCCACUUUUGCCUCAGCAUUAUGGCUCCACUGGGAUAUUGUCAUAUCCCUCUUCAAUGGCAGUGCCAACUACUAGUGCAGUAACAGGAAUUGCAACCACAACCACAACCAUAACUGCACCAACAUCAUCAACAAGUGUGGCAACAACAGCAACAGUUGUUGGUAGUUCACAACCCUCUUGAGCAGCUUCAAAGCAUAAAGAACUUGCAAGGCUAACACAUCGAAAGCUGAGUUCAAAAUAUAUGAGAUAUGUUAGAUAAAGCUUACCUUAACCCAAUUCUCAUUUUUCAUCAUGACAAAACUCAAAAGUCAUCAUCAUCAUACAUGUUUGUUUUAGGAAAAUAGGGUUUAUAUAUUAUUUUUUUUUGUUAAUCAAGUAGGUUGUUGAAGUAGGGGAAGAUCAUAUUCAUUCAUGUAUUCAGCAUUGGGGUAGAAUCCUAACUAUUUGAGCUUUGGAUUCUACCUUUUAGAGUAAUUCAAUUUCAACCAAAGGUUAUCAUGUCUUGGGUGAUGGGAGCAUCCAAUGACAUAGUCCUUUGUUUAUAUAUAUAUACAUUGUAGAUGGGUUCAAAAGAUCAUUUUAUAACUUUUGUACCCUUGAUUGGCUGGUCAAAUAGGAUGACAAAUUGAGCUUGGAUAGCUCAAUAGGCUAGCUUGUGUUGAUUGAUUUUUUUUUUUUCACGAUAGGAUUUGUCCAAAAGAAAACAUAACGUCUAUUUGUUUCUAUCUUUUUCACAUAUAAUCAUGUUUUUACCAUUA